AUGUCACAGUCUUUUAAGGCGCUCUUUGCCUCACCCUUCACCACGUUUUUUAUCUUCCGUCGACUCUCCGCCGUCCUCACCUCCGCCUCAUUUACAGCUGCGCUUCUCUUCCUCCGGGGAGCGUUAACCGGGGUCAUCCACUCACCCCGCCCUGGAGCCGUGAUGAGAGGUGGGCUUCCUCUCAUCGUGUUCACCAUUAGGCCUCUGUUCCACUGUCCACUGAUGUUUCGCUCCUCCGCUGACCUCCUCUGUGUCUUGCCUGUGGACUUUCGGCCUCCCAUCUGA